CGCGCACUUACCAACACAGUCGUAGCUACACGUGCGGUUCAUAUGGAAAUAGUUUAAAAAAAAGUUAAUAAAUUCUAUAACAAUAAAUUAAUUUGCUUAAACCUAAGCAAAGUCUGUCCAAUUAUUGAACAACCCCUGGACAGUCAUGAGUUUUGCUGACGUUGACCACCUGGAACUGCAGCAUUUGGCUGGCGGCAACAUUGUGGAACAUCCGCCUGUCUUUUCCGCCCAAGGAAGAUUUGUAUUCGUGCGAUGUGGACUGAAGGUGCAAGUUUUUGUGACCAGCACAGGAGAAUUGACGCGGGAAUUGUAUGAUGCCACAGAACCAUUGAUUAGCCUGGAAGUGGAUCUAAGGCAACCUGAACUGUUGAUUGGAUGCACCACGUCUGGACAGCUGCUGCGCUGGCAUUGGCGCACCGGUGUGCUACAAAAGACUAUAAAGAUGCAGCUGGGCGAUGAACCUACACAGAUUUUGACCUGCAAUUUGCUUGACAUUUAUAAAGGAAGUGAUUCUGCCUGCGCCUUUGUCACAGCCAAGCGAAAGAGUGGUCAGCCAGUUGCCUGGUAUUUGGUGGACACCAGCACAGGCGAACAGUACAAUGUUAAUUGUGGUCUUAGCUUAAAGAUUCGCACACCUUUGGUGGAUGUGGGCAAAGGAGCCUUCAAAUAUAUUAUCCUAGCACAAGGCUUCUAUAUAUACUUUAUUAACUAUAAAACAUGGAAAUUUUGGCGUUUUCGUAACUCGGAUUUUGUGCCCAUCACCUGUGUCCGCCUGUGUCCAGGUGUGGAAUUGGCUGCCAGUGGUGAUCAGAUGGGACGCAUUCACCUGUGGCGUCUAUUCGAUAAACAGGAUACUGUAUUCAGCGCCAUCUGCCAUUGGCAUCACACGCCGGUUACCAGUUUAGCCUUUUCGCCAAGUGGCACGAGUUUCUACAGUGCCGGCCGUGAAGCAGUCCUGGUCAAAUGGAAUGCCGAGAGGCCAGAUGAGCGUAACUUUGUGCCACGCAUGUCUAGCAUAAUACGUCACAUUGUGGUCAGUGAUGGCAAUGAACAUAUUCUCGUCUGCACCGAGGACAAUGCCAUGCAAUUCCUGAGUGCCCAGGAAUUUGAGGUCAAAUCGGCUUUACAACAUUUCACCUACAGCUUGAGAGAUAAGACGGGCAAGAACCUAUUUCCCAUUGGCCUAAGGCUAAAUCCUCGCACCAAUACCUUGGUCCUUAAUGGAAGAACUGGUCAUCUGCAGUUCUAUUCGGCCUAUACAAAGAAUUUGCUAUACAAUCUGCGUGUGGUGCAAAGCAAUCAACAAUGCCCGGAAGCGGAUAAACUCAUCUAUAAUACCCGUGUAACGCGAGCUGCCUUUAACAUCGAUUGGAUGGCCACCGGUGAGGUCUACAAUGAUCAGGAGAACUUUGCUGAAGUGCGUUUGAAAUUUUGGAAAUUCAAUGAGAAAUUGCAAAGCUACAAUCUUAAUACCGAUAUUAAUCUGCCUCAUGAGCAUGGCUUUAAGGUCAUUGUCUUUUCGAAUCAAUUCAAAGUUGAUAAUUUGCGUUGUGCCACGGCGGGCAAGGAUAAUAUUAUCAAAUUGUGGUCGAUGAGUGCAUCGGAUAAUAUCUAUAGACCAGGACAGACAUGGAAUUGUAUAGCUCAGACAAGUUAUAAGCAAAUGACAAUUGGUUCGAUUUGUUUUGCCGAAGAUGGCUCACUCCUAGCUGCUGGCUAUGGCAACACAUUGGUCCUAUACGAUGGUCGCUCUUUGCUUCAACUCCAGGCUCUGAGUUGUCCCGCCGGCUAUGAUGGUGUCCUGGCCAAGGCGCAAUUGCGUCUAUCCAAAACUUUGGUAAAUGGCACACGAAAAGAAUUGUUCCAACAGAGACAACAAUUGAUGGCCAUAUUGAAAACAUUGCUAAAUAGCAACGAUGCGGAGUUGAUAGAGCAGGCCAAGACUUUGAUUAAUGCCAGUCCUAAGAUCACAGCCGAACGUCUUGAAGUUCCCGAGGACACGCGCAAGGAGUCUGUAUAUAAGUACAUCAUGAAAAUGUCGGAAUUGAGUUUGCAUCAAAAGUUGCAACUUCUACGCCGCUUUGACAUUCAAUGUUCCGUCUCAGAGACCCAUCGCAAUCGUCUGGUGGAACAUUUGCAACGCUGUCUGGCCCCCACCCAAAGAUUAAAGGAGUUGGAUGCCCAUUUGCUGCGUCUACAGCAAAGACAUCGCUUCAAAGCGAAACAUCAACUUGACCAGCUAAUCAGACGUCGCCAGAAAUACGAAAAGGUGGUCAAACAAGAACUUCUACCUCUAUUUAGCACACUGCAAUUGGAUGAGCAUACUAAAGCGAAAACUGCGAAACAACCUCAGCCGCCUGCCAGUCAGACUCAAAAAGGGAAAGGGCUAAAAGUUCCCCCAGCUCCCCUACAAGGUUUAGCCCAGAUUUCACAUGUGCAAUUUGGAGCCGGCGCUCAGGCUCAUCUGGUGGCUAUUUGCACAGAAUCCCGUGUACUCAUAUGGAAUCUAAUGACACUGCGUGUUCAGGCGGGCCUAAAACUAUCAGUAACACAAUUGGCCUUUGAUCCGCUGACCAAUCUAAUUGCUGUCAUCACCAAAAAUGAUGAAUUGCAUGUCUUCCAACUGAAUGUUCCAUUGCCGAUCUAUCAGCGCAGCAAUAUACCCAAAACAAAUGGUUUGGUUUGGUUGCCUCGACGUCAACCCAGACAGAGUUCAAUUAACUUGGAUUGGCAGGCGCAAUCCACUUUGCUGAUGCUUACACAAAAUCAGGAGAUAGUCUAUUUUGCGGAACCCGGCCAGAGUCCUUCGGAUGAUGCCCCGGCACCAAUGUCAUUCGGUUCAGCUGCAUCUGGCACGGAGAGCCUAUUGAAGCACGCGACAUUCGGAAGCUAUCUAAUCAAACAAAAAGCAAGCAGCAAUUCCGCCGACGCAGCAAACAGCAAGAAGAGUGGUCCUCUGAUAGUGGGACGUGGUACGCAUAGUGCUGUCAAUGCGUUGGUCAAUUUGUCUGCCCACACGAUGCCUGCCAUGAGUCUGAUUUGCAAUGAGUUUAUUAAAUCCCUGCUAACGCCUGCCGAUAGCUUGGAUACAAGACUCAAUGGAAAUGGUGAUGAUGCCGGCCUAACCAAUGGCAAAUUAAAUGGCAAUGGUGUGGCCCACAGCGAUGAAAGCGAUGCAGAAGAUGACCAAGAUGAGGAACAGCAGCAAGAGCAGGAAUCGUUGCAAGUGCGUAAAACUCUGAUGGAACAAAAUGCCAAACUGGACGAGAGACAAAUUGGCCUAGAAGGUGACCACUUGGAGUUGGACGCCAAAUUGAAACGAAUUGCCGCUCUGGAUAUACAUUUGCAGUUUUAAGAGAAAGGAUGAUGAAUCAACUUAGAAAAGAGACGAUAAAUACUUACCUAAUAGUUGUUAUAACAAAUUUUAUAUAUACAAAUAUCUAUUUUUUUUGUGUGUGUGCAAGAGGAAAAAUACAAACUAUUUUUACAA